AUGAACCACAACCUGAACCGGCAGAACCGCCACCUCCUGCAUUACCCGAACCAGCACCCGAACCGCCCACUAAUUUUCCACCCAAUUAUGAACCAGAACCUGAAACAGGAGCAAGACAAAUACCACCUCCUGCACCAGAGCCACCGCUUAAUAUUCCACCUGAAUGGAACCCUCCUGCACCAGCCUAUGGGGAGGGGAGGGCAACAACACAUCGAACAACAAGAGGGCCAAGAAUAG